CACCAAACCAACCACUACAUUUUAGAAAACGCAAACGAGAUCUGAGACUGAGAAAACGAUGGGGAGCACAGGAUUUUCAUGGAAACUGGCGGAUCAUCCAAAGCUACCGAAAGGAAAGCUGCUCGCCAUGAUUGUUCUUGACGGUUGGGGUGAAGCUUCUCCCGAUAAGUUCAACUGCAUUCAUGUUGCUGAAACUCCUACUAUGGAUUCUCUCAAAAACGGCGCCCCUGAUAAAUGGAGGUUGGUGAGGGCUCAUGGUACUGCUGUUGGGCUUCCCACCGAGGACGACAUGGGAAACAGUGAAGUUGGACAUAAUGCUCUUGGUGCUGGAAGAAUCUUUGCUCAAGGUGCAAAACUUGUUGAUCUUGCUCUUGCCUCCGGAAAAAUUUAUGAUGAUGAAGGUUUUAAUUACAUCAAGGAAUCUUUUGCAACCAACACCUUGCACCUUAUCGGACUGAUGAGUGAUGGGGGUGUGCACUCACGUCUUGAUCAGUUGCAGCUGUUGCUAAGGGGAGCCAGCCAGCAUGGCGCUAAGAGGAUCCGUGUUCAUGUGCUUACUGAUGGUCGUGAUGUUUUAGAUGGUUCAAGUGUUGGUUUUGCUGAGACACUUGAAGCAGAACUUUCAGAUCUCCGCAGCAAAGGCAUUGAUGCACAGGUGGCAUCUGGUGGAGGGCGUAUGUAUGUCACCAUGGACCGUUAUGAGAAUGAUUGGGAAGUUGUGAAACGUGGUUGGGAUGCUCAGGUUCUCGGUGAAGCCCCACACAAAUUUAAAAACGUUGUUGAGGCUAUCAAGACACUUAGAGAGGCACCCGGUGCUAACGACCAGUACUUGCCCCCAUUUGUCAUAGUUGAUGAUAGUGAAAAGGCUGUGGGCCCUGUUGUGGACGGUGAUGCCGUUGUGACUUUCAAUUUCCGUGCAGAUCGUAUGACUAUGCUUGCUCAAGCUCUUGAAUAUGAGAAGUUUGAUAAAUUCGACAGAGUGCGGUUCCCGAAGAUUCGUUAUGCUGGCAUGCUUCAGUAUGAUGGGGAACUCAAGCUUCCAAAUCAUUACCUUGUAUCUCCUCCAUUGAUUGAGAGGACUUCUGGCGAGUAUUUGGUGAAAAAUGGGGUCCGGACAUUUGCUUGCAGUGAGACUGUCAAAUUCGGUCAUGUCACAUUUUUCUGGAAUGGAAACCGUUCUGGAUAUUUCAAUUCAGAGUUGGAAGAAUAUGUUGAAAUUCCAAGUGACAGUGGAAUUACCUUUAAUGUUCAACCCAAGAUGAAAGCUUUGGAGAUCGGUGAGAAGGCCCGUGAUGCUAUCCUCAGUGGAAAGUUUGACCAGGUACGUGUGAACAUUCCAAAUGGAGACAUGGUUGGGCAUACUGGUGAUGUUGAGGCUACUGUUGUGGCCUGCAAGGCUGCUGAUGAAGCUGUUAAGAUGAUUCUUGAUGCGGUAGAGCAAGUGGGUGGAAUAUAUGUGGUGACUGCAGAUCAUGGUAAUGCUGAAGACAUGGUUAAAAGAAACAAGAAGGGCGAGCCUCUUCUCAAAGACGGCGAGGUUCAGAUUUUAACAUCACACACCCUUCAGCCGGUGCCAAUUGCAAUUGGUGGGCCCGGGUUAGCAGCAGGUGUGAAGUUCCGCAAGGAUGUGCCAAGUGGGGGGCUCGCAAAUGUGGCUGCGACUGUGAUGAAUUUGCAUGGGUUUGUAGCACCUGAUGACUACGAGACUACUCUUAUUGAAGUUGUUGAUUGAGCAUGGAAGGUGAUUUUGACAUUUCUUUGACCCCAUAUUUAAAUAAUUUCCCGGAAACAGUAAACAUAUGACAAUAUGUUUUGUUACAAUUUCAAGUUUUGGCUAUAUGAGUGGGGUUUAGCUAGCUUUAUAUUUGAGCAAACUCAUGGUUGUAAAAGUAAUGGUUGAUUUGAUUCAAGUUGCAGUUGCUUGAUA